AUGGGUCAGUCUAGUAGCAAGAUUAGGGUUACUCCUACAGAUAAAGCCAUACUUCAGCUGAAAUUAGCUAAAGAUAACUUGCACAGGUACACUAAGCGCACAUAUACGUUGAUAACAGAUGAACGUGAGGAACUAAAAAAGAUGAUUAAGGAGGAUAAUCAAGAUGUUAAGAAGAACCCAAGAGCCCGUCUUCUGUUAAAGCGUAUUCACUACCAGCAACACCUGUUAGACCAGUGUUCUGACCAACUUAUAAAUCUUGAAAACUUAUUAAUGACUAUCGAAUUCAAAUUGGUUGAGCAGCAAUUUAUAGAAAGAUUAACCCAGGGGAAUGAAGUUCUCAAGAAACUGAAUAGAGAGUUUGAGGGCGUUGGAAAGCUAAUGGACGAUGUAGGGGAGCAAAUAGCAUACCAAGAGGAAAUUGAUAAUGUACUGUCAAAUAGUCUAGUAAGUGUCGUGGGCGGUUUCCAAGAAGAACUUGAUAGGGAACUUGACGAACUUGACGAGGAAAUAAAUCAUAAGAAUAAAAUUACGGAUUUGCCAUCUGUUAAUGGAUUACCAGAGGUAAAAAUAGCGCAGCAACCUCAUGAUGCUGCAGAGGAGCCGGUGCACGAUGCAAGUAAUUCCAAGAGUGAAAACAAAACAUCUGAGAUGGUUUUAACAGCAUAA